GCGGAGCACGUCUGCAGCCACGGCGCCCCGGAGCUGUCCCCUGCGCGCGGCCCGCCUCGUCCCAGUGCCACCAACGCGCUCUCGCCCCCGCCAUGCUCCUGCUGCUAGGGCUGUGCUUGGGGCUGCCGCUCUGCGCGGGGUCUCUGGAAGACGCGAGAACCCGGGAUGACACUUCGGAACAAGUUGGACGCAGGUUGCCAAGGCAAGCCCGACUGUUGCAAAGGCUGAAAACCAAACCCUUGAUGACGGAAUUCUCGGUGAAGUCUACCAUUAUUUCCCGUUACGCCUUCACUACGGUUUCCUGUAGAAUGCUGAAUAGAGCUUCCGAGGACCAGGAAAUUGAGUUUCAGAUGCAGAUUCCAGCUGCAGCUUUCAUCACCAACUUCACUUUGCUCAUUGGAGACAAGGUGUAUCAGGGAGAAAUUACAGGGAGAGAAAAGAAAAAUGGUGAUAAGGUAAAAGAGAAAAGGAAUAAAACCUCAGAAGAUAAUGGGGAGAAGGGGACUGAUAUGUUCAGAGCCUCUGUCGUGAUUCCCAGCAAGGACAAAGCUGCCUUCCUCCUCAGUUAUGAAGAACUCUUACAGAGGCGGCUGGGGAAGUAUGAGCACGUUAUCAGUGUGCGGCCCCAGCAGUUGGUGGGGAGGCUGAUGGUGGAAGUGAACAUUCUGGAGAGGUCCGGCAUCGAGUCCCUGGAGGUGCUACCCUUACAGCACAGCCGGCAGAAGGACAGUGGGAGAGGGGAAGAUGAUUCUGGGCUGCCUCCUUCUACUGUUAUCAACCAAAAUGACACUUUCGCCAAAGUCACUUUUAAGCCAAGUGUGGUCCAACAAGCCAGGAUUGCUCAGAAUGGCAUUUUGGGAGAUUUCAUCAUUAGAUAUGAUGUCAACAGGGAACAGAGCAUUGGGGACAUCCAGGUUCUAAAUGGCUAUUUUGUGCACUACUUUGCCCCCAAAGACCUACCUCCUUUGCCCAAGAACGUGGUAUUUGUGCUUGACAGCAGUGCCUCCAUGGUAGGAACCAAGCUCCGGCAGACCAAGGAUGCCCUGUUCAGGAUUCUCCACGACCUCCGACCCCAGGAUCAUUUCAAUAUCAUUGGAUUUUCCAACCGCAUCAAAGUGUGGAAGGACCAUUUGGUGUCGGUGACUCCGGACAAUGUGAGAGACGGCAAAGUCUAUAUUCACCACAUGUCGCCCACUGGAGGCACAGACAUCAACGGGGCCCUGCAGAGGGGCAUCAAGCUGCUCAACGACUAUGUGGCCCACAACGACAUCGAAGACCACAGCGUGUCCCUCAUCAUCUUCCUGACCGAUGGGAAGCCCACUGUUGGGGAGACCCACACCCUCAAGAUUCUCAACAACACCAAGGAGGCCGCCCGAGGCCAAAUCUGCAUCUUCACCAUCGGCAUCGGGAAUGACGUGGACUUCAUGUUGCUGGAGAAACUGUCACUGGAGAACUGUGGCCUCACACGGCGAAUUCUUGAGGAGGACGACGCGGGCUCGCAGCUCAUCGGGUUCUACGAUGAGAUCAGGACCCCGCUGCUCUCGGACAUCCGCGUCGAUUAUCCGCCGGCCUCGGUGGAGCACGCCACCAGGACCGCGUUCCCCAACUACUUCAACGGCUCGGAGAUCGUCACCGCGGGGAAGCUGGCCGACAGCCAGGCGGGGCGGCUGCGCGUGGAGGUCACGGCCAGCAACAGCCAGAGGUUCGUCCUCCUGAAGACCGACGUGCCCCUGGAGCCCCCCCAGGCGGCCAGGGGCGGGGGCGCCGAGGGCCGCAACCACGUGGAGCGGCUCUGGAGCUACCUGACGCUGAAGGAGCUGCUGAGCUCCUGGCGCCACAGCGGCGACGAGCGGGAGAAGCAGCGCCUGGCGCAGAGCGCGCGGACUCUGGCCGUGGCCCGCGGCUUCCUCACGCCGCUCACCGCGCUGCACCUGAGGCGGCGGGCGCCGCAGACGCAGCAGCUGGAGGACGCGCGCGGCGCCGCCGCCGCCCUGGGCCCCGAGCCGGUGGUGCAGCGCCUGCGCGGCGCCGGCGGGCGGCCAGGACCUGCUCUCAAGAAACCAUACAGCCCAAGAAUUAAAGUCUCCAAAACCUCAGUGGAUGGAGAUCCCCAUUUUGUCGUGGAUUUCCCCCUGAGCAAGCUCACCGUCUGCUUCAACAUCGAUGGGCAGCCGGGGGACAUCCUAAGGCUCGUCUCCGAUCACGCGGACUCUGGCGUGACGGUGAACGGGGAGCUGAUUGGGGCCCCGGCGCCCCCAAGCGGCCACAAGAAGCAGCGCACCUACUUCCGCACCAUCACCAUCCUCGUCAAUAAGCCCAAGAGAUCUUAUCUGGAGAUCACACCCAACAGAGUCAUCUGGGACGGUGGGGAUAGGCUGGUCCUGCCCUGCAACCAGAGCACGGCGGUGGGGAGUCGGGGGCUGGAGGUGUCCGUGUCCGCCAAUGCCAACGUCACCGUUACCGUCCAGAGCACCAUUGCCUUCGUCAUCCUCAUUCACCUGUACAAAAAGCCGGCCCCCUACCAGCGCAACCACCUGGGUUUCUACAUCUCCAACAGCGAGGGCCUCUCUGGCAACUGCCACGGACUGUUAGGUCAGUUCCUGAACAAGGAUGCCAGCCUCACAGAGGAGCCUACUCACCCUGCGUUCCAGAAGGCAGGCGAGCAGUCUGAGACCUUCCUAAAGGUGAAAGGACACCAGGUCCCGGUGGUCUGGAAACAGCGGAAAAUCUACAAUGGGGAAGAGCAGGUGGACUGCUGGUUUGCCAGGAACAGCGCAGCCAAACUGAUCGACGGGGAGUACAAAGAUUACCUGGCAACCCAUCCUUUUGACUCAGAGACGUCGUUUGGCCUGGAACUCUCCAGGGGACUCUGACACCAGCAGCCUGAACGCACGAGAGCGUGACAGGGAAGUGGUCUCUGGGGUCCCCGCGGUGCGCUUCCUGUCGCUCGCGCAUGCCUGGUGUCUUGGCAGUUAGCUGCCUCCAGUGACCUUCCCUCGGUGGCAUGUAGGCCCGGGGUCUGCUUGAGUGAAGGGUAGAGUCAGGACUCGGAAGCAGAAAUGUUAUUUCCUUCUACUUCCUGCUCCUGCCUCCCCCCUCCCUCUGUCCGGUAGGGAAAGAUGGUGGCCCCAAGGGGGAAAGCAAGACGUCUGCAUCUCGUUCCAACUGGCUUGUCUGUCUCCUAGCCUGUCAUAAGGUAACUGAUGAAGAAACAUUGCCACAAAGCUCCCUUUCUCUAGAAAUGACCAAGUUUGGGCACUCUGCUUUCCGCCUUAUUCUAAUGCUUAGCAAUCUCUCCUCUUAGAACUACCGUCUUCUCCAGAUGUGUGGCCAACCUCUGCCUCAGGGGGACCUCUCCUUGGGCCCUGGCCAUGGGUCAGGCAAAUAGCUCAUAGAUUUGAUCAUUGUAAACAAUUAAGUCUUUUCUUGGGAGAGGAUUUUCUUCCACUGUGAUAUCUUGCCCUUGAAAGUGAGUUUGCAUUAAAAAAAAAAAAUUGGUUGAAAAUAGAAAAUCCUCAUCCCAGCUACCGAUGUCUAAUGGGCUUUGUAAACCACUUGACUGUGCUGAUGGGUAUUCUCCUAUUUAUUCCAGUAAAGCUAAUAAACAGGACUACCCCACGUGGCUGUUUUUUACUCGCCUCUCUUGGUUGGAGAGCUGACCCACCUUUGACUUGGCACUCUCCUCUCCUUGUCAUAAUUGCGGCCUUACUUGCUGGCGGUCCUCAGGGAGGUGACAGAUUAGGCCCUCGCAGCCCUGGAAUGGGACGUAGAGCCAGCACGGAGCGCAUCAUCAGCCUCCUCCAGGGAUCGGCUUGCACGAUCUCAGCUGAAGGUGCGGGCGUGCUUACACAGCUGAGAAGCCUGUCCGCAUCUCAGAGAGGCAAAGCCAGCGAAUUGGGCGCGAGGUGGGGUACUUUGGUUCCAGAACUUGGACAAGCAAUCUGCUGCCACGAGGCAAAGGUUAAAAUCAGUGGCCAGGGCUGCAGAGGUCAGGGAGCACCACUCUUCUCCUAGUGGACCCCCCAUGCGAAGCCCGUCACCCUACCCAGGGGAAGCCAGGCCGGGGGAGGCAUCCUCCUUCCCUGCCCUCCUCGCUAGUUCUUGCUUUUGCCUUGUUUGGUCUUCUCGAAGCCACGGAGGUUCAGCAGAGCCUGGUCCUCACUGGGUGAGGAGAGCAGUCGGGACGCACAUGGACGCAGGCCCCCCUCGAGCCACACGGCAGAGAAAGAUCGGGGACAGAGAAAUGGAAUAUUUUAACGUGAGGCUGAAUUAAAUAAAAGCUUUUGUGCUGGCCUCACAGGAGGUUUCUUCCAGUCGGGAGAGACUCCAGAGCAUGCUUUCCUGAGAUGUGGAAGCAUACUUAGGACUUGGAGAGAAAUCAGAGCUAAGAAUAUUGUUUAUCAUAUUUGCCCUCCCAUGGGGAACAUUCGAGCAACAAAAUGACAUCCACAUGUUCCUGUUGGACCAGGCGGCUUCGGGAGGUUGUGAGUGGGCGGGGGGGGGGGGGGGGAAGGCAUUUUCAGUUCCCAGAGACUCGGCCUCUCCCCACUUUGCGCCCCCACCGGGCUACGCCCAGCCAGCUCUUGGUUUUCGGACUCCCAUCUUCCCAGACUCGACCGCCUGUUUUCAUACCAGCGAUGCCAAGACACCAGCCCAGACGGCCGGCAGAAACAGCCACAUGUCAGAGCUCAGAGGAAGCGGAGGAGUGUGCACCGGGGUGGGCCAGUGCACCAGGGGACCCCCCUGUUACAUAACUUCAGCCCCAGAUGUCCCUCGAGCCUAGGGGCCCAGCCCGCCCGUCAGCAUCGGACGUGACCCACAGUCCAGGGUAGGCCUCAGGGCUCCUAGGAGAGCGGCACCCGGCUGGCUCAGUCGGUAGAAGAGCGAUGCUUGAUCUCGGGGUUGUGAGUUCAAGCCCCACGUUGGGCAUGGAGUUUGCUCAAAAAGAAAGACUUCAGGGAGGGCUGUUACUGCACAUUACCAGUUACUGCUGCUUUCUAAGAGCAGAGAGGAAUAUUCCAGCAAGUUACCCCCACACCCUCCUCUUCUGGAAAAAAAAAUGUUUUUUGAGUAUCAAGGUUGAGCUUUUAUUCUAAUGUUUUUACUUUAGACAAAUCCCACUUUUCUUUUUCCUCCUCUUCGUUGUCUCUUUUUUUUGAAAAACUUAUUUACCAUUAAAUGAUCUAUAUUAGCCUGAGGCUGUGAUAUCUCCAAAAAACUCUGCAGCCAUGUUAUACUUAGGACCUUGUAAUUCAAUCGGAAAACAUAGUAUUUUCUGUUGGUCAUGUGUGUUGUGGGUAGCAAGCUUUUUAAAAAGUAAAUACAGGGGCGCCUGGGUAGCUCAGUCAGUUGAGCGGCUGACUCUUGAUUUCAGCUCAGGUCGUGAUCUCAGGGUCAUAGGAUCGAGCCCCAUGUCGGGCUCCAUGCUGGGCAUGGAAACUGCUUGGGUUUUCUCGCUCUCCCUCUACCCUUUCCCGAACUUGUGCACACAUUCCCUCUCUCUCUCUCUAAAAAAAUAAAAUUAAAAAAUAAAUUAAAAACUGCUUAAAAGUAACAGAGGAAAGGAGGAAUUCCCUUCUCUGGUGGGGAAACUGAGGCAGAGUCCAGUUGAGUGAUUUUUCCCACGUUAUGUGAAAGAUGGUAGAACAGGGCCAGGCUGAACCCCCAGAAUUCAUUCUGUUAGCUUGGCCACGAUUUCACCAUGUGGGCCAUCAUUUCUCUCCCUUGAGCACCUAUAAAUGGGGGGUAGGGUGCUAAGUGAGCAGUUAAAGGAGACUGACCACUGUGUUGCAGUCAGAGGAGAUGAAUCUCAUGUUCUCACCACAACCGAAAAGUUGACUGACCGGGGUCUUAGCAGGUCCCCUCCUGGGUCCCUAUGCCCUCCCUCAUCUGAAAAAGAGAAACAUCUGAAUGGGGGUCCUCUCUAAGGGUUUCCUAAUUUAAAGCAUCCCAUUCCCCAAAUAAAAUGGACGGGAUAUUCUCUACCCACUCAUGCUGGGUGCUUUAUCUUCUUCAUUCUGACUUUUCAAGGAUUUACCACUUCCAGCCAGAGGGAGUGGGACCUGGAGGAUAAACCACAGGGUGAUGCUCUGGCGCUGGGAGCUGGAUAGAACCCCUCCUUGAUUCUGUCAGACAUGACAUGAAGUCUUUCAUGGAAUCCUCAUAGGGGGAUGAGGGACAGGAUUCAUUUCUUUAUGUGUAUUUCUUGGCUAAACUGGAUGGAAUGAAUAUUUGGGCCCUCCUAAAAUUCAUAGGAUGCAGCCUAAACCCCCAGUGUGAUGGUAUUUGGAGGCAGGGCCUUUGGAAGGGGAUGAGGUCCUGAGGGUGGGGCCCCUGACAGGAUUAGUGCCCUUCCAGGAGGAGUCGCAGGAGAGAGGAUCUUUCUGCUCUCCACCAUGUGAGGAUGCAAGAAGUCGGCCGUCUGUGAAGGAGGAAGAAGGCUCUCACCAGACACCAAAUCUUCGGGCUCCCUGGUCCCGGACUUCCAGCCUCCAGAGCUGUGAGCAAGAAACGUGCGUUAAGUCAUCUGAUCUAUGGUAUUCUGGGAAUAGCAGCCUGAGCUGACUAAGACACUGAGGCCAAAAUAUGCAUUCUGUCCCCUUGGUUAAGCUCCCCAGAAUGUAUACAGUGCUGUUAUUUAAUCGGGAGGGCUCCUGGAACCCUGAGACCAUGGUCCAGCUAAAAUAAACAGCAAAUAAAGUUACAUAGCUAAGCAAAGACUUAGAAACAUAACCUUAAAUAUUUAUCUUAGUCAGUUUAAGAAGGAGGGUAUGAGAUAGUUCUCAUUCAAGAGCCUAUUUUUUUUUAAACAAAGAGAUUGAUGUCUAAAGACAAACAGCGUAUCGGUACGCUUCUGUUUUGAGGGAAAAUGGAGUUAGGGCUGCAGAGAAUAAAGCUGGAUGAUUCUAACUGUGCUGCUUGCUUAUAGCAAUUUCUGAAUGACAUGAAGAUAUAUGUAAAUGGAGGAGUAAGUGACAUCGGAAGUGUAACGGUAAAACAACACAAGCUAUAGAACUGCAGCAAACAGUCCUGACCGGAUUUAUGUGACUGUCAAACAGAGAGAAGCGCCUUAAACCUCUCUGUCCCUUAACUUCUGGGGCUCCGACAUCCCAGAACUUCUGCCACCUCAUCGGGUCCCUCAUUUGCACACCCCGACCCCCACCAUCUUGCUGCUGUUUCUUCCAUUUGCCUCUGGGGCGUCUUCCCUCCUCAAGCAGUCUUUCUAGCCCGUGGUUGUGGCAUUGUCCCCCCAGGGCUGAGGGGUCCUGCCGGGGCUCAUGGAGAUCCCCGCUGAGCUCCGUUAAAUUCUGAAUGGAGCACCCCCAGGGUCAGGGCCAGCGCAGGCACGGAAUGGAACGUGAGCAAAGGCACUGGAAGGCCACAUGAAAGAGAAAACCAGAGGACACCGAGAGCCGGGGCGUCAAGUCAGCCCCUCUGGGCUUUGGCUUCUUCAUCUGUAACACGAAGGGGCUGCACUAAGACCCCAGGGUCUUUAUCAGCUGCCGGCAGAUGAAGAUACUUCCCAGACUUCCAAGUAACCAAUGCAGAAUGAUUCACUUGAUGACUCCAGUGGAUUUUGAGAUCCAGUGUUCCAGACCCAGGGAUUCAGAGGAAAACAAAGCCCGUGCUUCCAGGGAGGUGACAGUUCCGAGCAGGAGGGAGAACGAAUGCAAGGGUGGAAACAGCACCAGAAAUGCUGUGCGUGGGCUUGGCCAUGGGCUGCGCCCUGCGCAGAGGAAGCUCAGCUGUGAAGGCAGGAAGGUGGUGGGGAAACCAGUCCAGAGAUGGAGGGUGUUGCACCACAAGCAGGAAGAGCAUGUGCAGAGGCAACCAGAGAAGCUCGUCUUCUAUAAUGUUAGGCGGCUGGGAGCAUCUUCCGAAUGGCAGGGGCCUUCUUACUCUACCCGCUUUGCACCGGAUUUGGGGGUUGCUUCCGUCCCCAGCCCAGGGACAGUCACCGCUCCCCAUGGCCCAUCCCGUCCCCAGGGCUCCCACUGGCAUUGAGCAAACUCAGGUCCCUCUUUUCUGCAACACGCCCUGCACUCAGCAGCCUCUCUGUUCUGCUCCAGCUCUCUGGACCACCUCGCCCCACGGCCCCCCGUCACUGGCCUCCUGUGCGGGAGAAUACUGUGGAAGGAGCUCCCUCCUUCACUCGCGCUCGUAUCGAAGUGGCUCUGUCAUCUUCACACCCCUUCCUUCCAAGUAUCACUGGCCACCUCCAUUCUCACGGCCUCUGGGCAGGGGAGUCGGUGAUUUUCUUUCUAAAAUCUCCAGACUCUUGUUUCCCACCAGGUUAUGGCCUCUUGUUUCCAAAUAUCACUCUGGAAGUCUCCUCUGGUCUGAAACUCUUGUCCCCAACCUGGUUCCCUCGAGCUUCCAUCUUUCAUGUCUGCGUCAGGCUUGCUAUAGAGGUUGGUAUUCAAAACCUCUUUUUUCUUUCUUUCUUUCUUUUUUUUUUUUCUUUUUACCUUUUAGGUGCUUAACUCAUCAGAUUUAGCUUCUGUCCUCACCACGUUAAUAGAAGUGUAUCUCAGACGGCACGCUCCCUGUCCUGACCCCCACUUCUAGCCAUCAGGCUCUUCAGCCUCUUCUACCUGACUAUGUCGGCCUCUUCUUCUCUUUGGAAUCCUGGACCACUUUGCUUCUUUUGUGUGAUUAAAUUUUUUUUUUUCUUAGUCUCUUUUGCUGAAUUUCUUUCCUCCUACCAACCUAUAGACUUACCCUCAGGUUCCCCCUCGGUCUCCUCUAUGCUCUUCCAUAGGGAUCUCAUUCACUUCUUGCUUCAGCAUCUGGCUCUGCAUAGAUGGCCCCCGAAAAUAGAUUUAUGGGCUUGACUGCUUGUUUGGGGACACUUCCUUUUUGUUAUCCUGGCAUCAGCUCAAACUCAGGAAUAGAAGCAAACUUUCUAUCUUCAAAGUGUCUAUGUUUUUAUUAUAAGUGUUUGGGAUCUGGGAAGAAAGGAAGAAGUUCUAGCAAUAGUCCUUUCUAUUUCAGUUGUUGCAAAUGAAGGUAGAAGUGUGUAUGUGUGUGUGUGUGUGUGUGUUGGAUACAUUUCAUAGGAGUCCAGUUUAAAAUUAAUUUUUAUUGACACAACAUUCUUCCUGAAAAUUCUCUGUUAAUUAUAUUAUUUUCUCAAAACAACAGCUGUGUUUGUGUAAGAGAAAACCCAAUGUCCUGAUUGCUCACUGGGAAUUUCUGGUUAUAUAAGAUGAAAAUCACACGUGCAAAGUUUAUUGAUAUGUCAAUUAAAUAAUUUCAUUGCACUGCCAGUACCAAAUUCAUUAUAAAUACAUUUUCG